AUGGGUAUCGUCUCAGCUCGAUCGAAUGAAUCAAAUCAAUUUCCAAACUAUGUUUACAGAAUUCUGAUGGAGCCACCACCUCAACCAUUUCCUCCUAUCUUUCCUCCAUCUUUAUCUGAUAUAAAUGAUGGUUUUAUUCAUUUAUCAACAGCUAAUCAACUUAUGUAUAUUGCCUCUCGACAUUAUAGCAAUGCAACUGAGUUAAGCGCACUCAAAUUGAAUUACAAAUGGAUAAUUCAAAACCGAUAUGAUAUCAGAUGGGAAAAUUCAGGAAAUUCGUUGUAUCCUCAUUUGUACGAUAAUUUGACCAAGGAAAUGAUUGUAGAUUGGAAGACAUGGAAAAAACAACGGGAUCAUAGUUGGAAACAAGUUAUUGAUCCAGAUCCAUGGCUUGAUGCUACAUUUUAUUUCUCUGGAACUAUCAAUUUAUUCCCAAUUAAGAAUUAUCUAUAUAUUCUUUCAUUUUCUUUAUUUUUAUUAUUUGAAUACUAUUAAAAAUAAAGAUGAAAUGAGUAACUACGCUUUUAGUAUUGUGACAGUUAUUUUUUUUUAAAUAAUGAAUCUAUGUGUGGUGUGUGCUUUAUUUUGUAGCUGACAACAUGAGUAUAGAAAACUAGAUAGUAGAGUUGCUUUCAAACUUUCUUUCGAUUGAAUAAUAUACGACGGAAAACAGUUAUUUAUCGGCACUGCCUAUGAUUUCUUGGAAUCAUUAGAUAGGACCACUAUUUGGCGGAUGUUCUAGAUCACUUUUCUGCCAUUGUCUACUAGAAAACUGAAUAUUUUUGGAAGAUGCGAUAACAUUACAGACUCUUGACGCGAAGUUCUACGUUUUUUAGGAUUUUCAAAUUGAUUUCUAUGUGAGCCGACAAGCUACAUACACAAAUGGAUUACAUGUACAUUUGUCGAUAAGACAUGUAUGUGCGAUAUAUAAGUAUAAAUUAUAUGAAAGUUUCGCUAAAGCAUGAAAGAUGAAUUUAUUUAUUUUAAAUUAAUCGACUAGAAUAUUCAGUAGAACACUAAUAAUAUCUAAAAAUUUUACUCUACAAAAUUCUUAAAUUGUCUAUCAAAUUCAGGAUAUGAGAGUUUAAAUCAUUCGAAUAGUUCGGAAUGAGUUUUCUUUCUCUUAGCUGGCUGGUUCCAGUAUGCAUAUUACAGAACAGGGUGUGUGUGUGGGGUGAGUGUCGGAGUGGCUAUCUUUCAUUUGAGUCCACACCCACACCCUUCUAUUCGCGCGCGCAACCAGAAACCAUCCUGGUAGAGCCGUGGGGAGCGUAACGCACAUGUACGCACGGGACAGACUCAAAUCAUUCAUAUCUCUGCCACUCGAGAGAUAUGUCAAUGAGUCUGGGGCGCCCGGUCGU